UGAACCCUCUCCUGAGCACCAGUGUAUUGAGUCCCUUCCGACGGCUUUCAGAAUCGGAUGUCUUCACUGCUCUUCAAUUAGCUCGUUUGCUGGCAACAGAGCGAAGAACAAAUGACGGCUCCCGGGAGCAAUCUUAGCACCUCUACAUCUCGAUAGAGUUUGGUUUGUCGUAGCUCGUAGCGUCCAAUGCUCAAGCACAAAACCGAGCCACCACUAGAAUACGGGUGGUGACGUCGCAAGAGGAUGUCUGGUACAGCAGAGCUGGCCCAGGACUUCUUUCCCGUCUCCAUACGGAUUGCACGCCACUGGCUUCCCUGGCUGUGGGAUAGAGUGUUUCCAGCUUAUGGGGCCCUUUUGUGCCCGAAACCCUUUGUCACCGUUCAGGUUUUUGACCGGUCACUCUCGAUUGGCUGGCCCGUCCUACUUGUGGUGGCAUUCUUGGGGGUCAUCAUCGGAUGGGGUAUCAAGAGGCCAACUGGUUAG